AGCAGAAGAAUCCGUAUCAGAUGAUGACAAAAGGAGGAACUAUGGUGGUGUGUAUGUUGGCCUGCCGUCGGAUGCAGCUGCCAUGGUUUCCAGUCAGACGAAAGCUGCACCAAAAGAUUUAAUACAACAAAAUGCUGCUGUUGCAUACAUACAGCAUGGAGUUUAGUCACUGGCUGGUGCUUUCAAAAUUUGCUGCAAAACAAAAAAAUGAAGAAAAAUAACACUGUUAACCAAAGUAAUAGUAGCUGGUUUUGGAACAGUAGUACCUUUUUUGCAUGUUUUUUUAAAACUGUUUUCUAAGUUAGUGAUGUAUUGCAAUGUUCUAACCAUCUUUAUCUUUUGUUUUCUAAUUAAGAUUAGAAGGAAAUAAACACAUCAAGAUGCAAACAGC